CUUGCUAUUGGAUCUCGAGUAGUUGUAAACGACCUUGUAGGAACAGUUCGCUUUAUAGGGAACACGAGUUUCCAAACAGGAAAAUGGAUUGGUGUCGAACUCGAUGAACCACAAGGCAAGAAUAGCGGCGUUGUUCAGGGCAAGCGGUAUUUUGAAUGUAAAGCAAACCAUGGUGUAUUUGUCAGACCAACAAAUAUCAAGUUA